AUAUAUAAUGUAGGAUGUGUCCUGGUGUCUCCAGAGGAGGACCGGGUCCGUGCAGCCCUCUGCAGCCGAGGCAGAGCCACUUCCGCUCCGCAGAGGGCGACAGGCAGCAGCCUCUGACUGGUGGAGGAGGACCAGACACAAUAGAGACUGGGGUUACGGCUUUUCUCCAAUCCAAACCGGUAUGUCGGAUGAGGAUUCCCGUGCCAGCACCAGCUCUUCUUCAUCGCCGCCUUCCUCCAGCCAGACCAGACAGAGGGACACGCUUUGCAAAAAGAAACGGGAGAGCAAAGCCAGCAUGAGCAAGACCUCCAAGCUGCUUUCCACCAGCGCCAAAAGGAUUCAGAAAGAGCUGGCUGAUAUUACACUGGACCCUCCGCCAAACUGCAGUGCUGGCCCAAAAGGAGACAACAUCUAUGAGUGGAGGUCGACCAUCCUGGGACCACCGGGCUCCGUGUACGAGGGAGGCGUCUUCUUCCUGGACAUCGCCUUCACACCUGACUACCCCUUCAAACCCCCCAAGGUAACUUUUCGUACGAGGAUCUAUCACUGCAACAUCAACAGUCAGGGGGUGAUCUGUCUGGACAUCCUGAAGGACAACUGGAGCCCCGCACUCACCAUCUCCAAGGUGCUGCUGUCCAUCUGCUCCCUGCUCACAGACUGUAACCCAGCCGACCCCCUGGUGGGAAACAUCGCCACCCAGUACACGACUAACAGAGCGGAACAUGACCGAACAGCCAAACAGUGGACGAAGCGAUACGCCACAUAAACCCACAGAGGACGCCGGUGGGGGGAGGAAGAGGAGGAGGAGGAAGAGGAGGGGUGGGGGACUCCGGGUGGUUUGUGUUGGGGGGUUAUUUCUAUCUCAGAUUUUUAGUACUUUAUUGUCUGGUAUAUUUUUUGCUUCCUGAUUAAGUUAUCUCCACAAAUAUGGUAAUAAAGGAACACAAUGGAAAGGAA